AUGUUAGACGUGUUUCGUGGAUUGAAGAAUCUCAUUAAAGUGAACUAUGUCCACAUCGACUCGCCGGUAUUCCGUCUGCACUACUCCAUCACCGUCAUCCUGCUGAUCUCGUUCAGUUUGAUCGUGACCACGAGGCAGUACGUCGGCAACCCGAUCGACUGCAUCCACACCAAGGACAUCCCCGAAGACGUGCUCAACACCUACUGCUGGAUCCACUCCACCUACACGCUGCGGAGCUUCUUCAACAAGAAGGUGGGCGUCGAGGUGCCCUACCCUGGCAUCGGCAACAGCCGCGAGAAAGGGAAGGAAGAUAUGAGCGACAGGAAGAUAUACAAGUACUACCAAUGGGUGUGUUUUUGCCUAUUUUUUCAGGCAAUGCUGUUCUAUGCGCCCCGUUGGUUAUGGAAAUCCUGGGAGGGAGGCAAGAUCCGUGCCUUGAUGAUGGACCUGGAUGUAGGGGUGUGCACGGAGAUAGAGAAGAAGACGAAGAAGAAGUUGAUCCUCGACUACCUGUGGGAGAACCUGCGGUACCACAACUGGUGGGCCUACCGGUAUUACUUGUGCGAGGGACUUGCUCUUGUCAAUGUUAUAGGGCAAAUGUUCCUGAUGAACCGUUUCUUCGACGGGGAGUUCAUGUCCUUCGGGCUGGACGUCAUCAAUUACAUGGAGUCAGAUCAGGAGGAUCGCAUCGACCCCAUGAUCUACAUAUUUCCAAGGAUGGUGAAGUGCACACUGUUCAACAAGUUCGGCUCGUCAGGCGAGGUGGAGCGGCACGACGCGCUCUGCAUCCUGCCGCUGAACGUGGUCAACGAGAAGAUCUACGUCUUCCUGUGGUUCUGGUUCGUCAUCCUCGGCAUCCUCACGUUCAUCACCCUCGUGUACCGGUUCAUCAUCAUCUUCUCGCCGCGCAUGCGCGUGUACAUGAUGCGCAUGCGCUUCCGGCUGGUGCGGCGCGACAAUGUGGACACGAUCGUGCGGCGCAGCAAGAUGGGCGACUGGUACCUCCUGUACAUCCUCGGGGAGAACAUCGACUCGGUCAUCUUCCGGGACAUCAUGCACGAGUUCGCGAACAAGCUGAACCACAACUACCAGCACCACAUCCACGGCGUGCCGGACGCGUGA